GAUUUUUCAAAUAAUAUAUGGAUUAAUUAAUUCAUAAUUGGAAGAUGGUAGUCUAUACGAGAUAAAAAGGGGAAAUCAUAAAUGUUCUCGUGUGAUUCGCAGGUUGUUGCAUGAGGGCGAAGUUUAACCAAUGCACUUCGAGUAGCUGCAGAUUCUCUUGUUAAUAGAAAAAAGAAACACUUUUUUUUCUAAUGUUUGGUGUAAUCGACUCCUUUGCUUUUGGAAAUUACGAAUACCUCGUUUCAUGUUUAAUAGCAGUCAACAUUGAACCCUUUAUGAAGUUGAUUUUACUGAAUUUAUUUUUACUUUUAACCAGAUAUUGAGUAAAUUACAUUCUCAUCCCUUGAGAUUUAUGUCUAAUAUUAUAUAGACGUUCGUAUGUUAAAAUAUUACAAAGACCUCCCUUAAUAAGGAUCUCAUACGGCCAAACGAUGAGAUCCCACAAUCGCCGGCUUAGUCGGAUUUUCGCAACAUAAUUAUUUUGUCCGAUUUUCCCACUAUUACCUAUGCGUUAGAUGGCUAGGUCCGAGGAGACGAACCAUACCGAUACCGCCACACAUCCACACACAACUACAGAUAUGACGGAGCCACAAGCCCGCUACGUCUGGAGACAUUGAUCGACUCACGGUUCCUCAAUAUUUAGGGGUCUCGUAACUAGUAGUAAGGGUGGAUUUUUUUUUACUAUACUGUCCCUACCAACACGUUGCUCUACCGAGCCAAAUGAAAACAAAUUUAAAUAAAUUUAAAAAAAAAAAAUAGUUUAUAGCUUAGACACACACACACAAAUAUAUAUAUUACAAGAAACAGUCCACUUCACCAUCAUCUCAUCUCAUUAACAAAUCCUCAGAUAAAUAUUGAUUACUAAAGUUUGAAUCUUGAUUUAUUAUUUACAAAAUAUAUAUAUGAUUAAUCUGUUGCUACUUGUUAAUAUGUUAAUAAUUAGCUAAAGUUAAAGCGACUUUUGAGCAUAUAAAUCAUUGUCACCCACACAAAAUAUAUCCUAAGUUUCAACUCUCCACAUUUUGUCGAAAUUUCCGAGAGCCGGACUUCAAAUUUUCUAUAGUGCAUAUAUCCUUAUCAAGGCUCUUUCUUGCUACUUUCUUGCCUAGGAAGUAACCAAGAAACCUCCAAUAUUUUGUACAUACAUAUAUAAUCUUGACCAAGCUCUAAACCUCAGUGUGUGUUUUCCUCUCUCCUCUCUCUAAAAAAAACAUGAUUCUUGAUCAUGUGUAAUGUAUUACUUCAAUUCUAAUGACAAAGUAGGUGAGUGUUUGUCUUAAAAGAAAGGAAAAAAAAUGAUUCUUGUCAUAAGUAUUGCAUUUCUCUCUAUUUUGUCACAAAGUUAUGCUUCUUCUUCGCAGUGUCCUAUUGACCUAAACUAUGUCCUAACAAUCCCAUGGGACACCUCUUCUUGCGAAAACAACGACAAAAACAACAACGUAACUACCAACUGCUGCCAAACCCUGACCAGCCUAUACGGCGUAGGCGUCGCCCAACACCUGAAAACGACCUCUCUAUUCCGCCUCAAAAGUCUUCAAGCUUCAAUCUCAUGCCUUUCGAAUUUCCAAACUAAACUUGACCGCCUCAAUCUCCCUCCGAAUCUCGCCUCCCAAUGCUUCGAUCCACAGAAUUUUGUCAACACAACAAACGUUUGUGCAAACAUCCAAACGAAACAAGACUGGCUCACGGUUUUAGGAAACGGGCCCACGUCCCUCGACAGCGACUGCAGUCAAGACCUGUCUGAUCUCUCCGCAUGUGAUGCAUGUGUGCUAUCCGGGUUUAGGGUUCAAUCACAACUGCUCGGUUUCGAUGGAAAUGAUUCUCACUCGAAGGGUUGCUUCUACUACACGAUUCUUUAUGCUGCGGGUGUGGUCAACGAGCAUGGCCCUUUUAGUAACGGUGCACUUUCUUGCAUAUUUGGUCUGCCUCUGAACUUGCCUAAAACGAGCGGGUCGAAAUGGGCUCUCGUUUUCAGCUUGUUCGGAGGCGGUUCUGCUUUCUUGGUGGUGACUUGUUUGGUUGGUUUUUGGUUGACAAGAGGGCGGGAAAUUCCGAAUUGGGAGUUUGAUUUUGAGGAUGACUUGUUGCUGAAUUGGAGGCCAAAGGCCGAUUCGAUUUGGUACAAGGUUCGAGAACUCGAGAGGGCGACCAAUAGAUUCUCGGACAAGAAUUUGAUCGGACAAGGUCAGUUCGGAGCCGUGUACAAAGGAAAAUUAGUGAAAGAUGGUGAAGCCACGAAUAUUAUUGCUGUCAAGAAACUAAUGGAUUCCGAUUUUCAAGGGGAUUCCGAUUUUUGCAGAGAAGUCGAGAUCAUCAGCACUCUCAAGCACAAAAACCUUGUCCCAUUAAGAGGGUGUUGUGUCUCGGGACAAGGCCAGAAGUAUCUAGUGUAUGACUACAUGCCAAAUGGGAAUUUAAAUGACCAUUUAUUCCCACUUGACAAAAAAUCCCCAUUCAAUAAAAAUAAUGUAAGUAAGCCAAUGAGUUGGCCUCAAAGAAAGAACAUAAUUCUUGAUGUGGCUAAUGCACUAGCUUACCUCCACCAUGGUGUUAAUCCACCUAUAUACCAUAGGGAUAUCAAGCCCACAAACAUACUUCUAGAUGCACGUAUGAGAGCUCGGGUCGCAGAUUUCGGGCUCGCGAGACAAGCGGGAGACUGUGGGUCCCACCUGACGACCCGAAUAGGCGGGACCCACGGGUAUCUAGCGCCGGAGUAUGCUCUCUACGGCCAACUGACGGAGAAGAGCGAUGUUUACAGCUUCGGGAUUGUGGUUCUUGAAAUUAUGUGCGGGAGGAAGGCGCUCGAUUUUUCUUCGUCGGAGUUCUUGAUUACGGAUUGGGUUUGGCCGGCGGUGAAAGGUGGCGGGGUGGAGAGAGUGUUGGAUCCUCGGUUGGACUCGGGGGGUGGGGGAGAAUCCUCUAGAAGAUACCCUUUGAUGGUUAUGGAGAGAUUUGUGAGGGUGGGGGUUUUGUGUGCUCAUUUGAUGGUUUCUUUGAGGCCUACCAUAUCGGAUGCUUUGAAAAUGUUGGAAGGGGAUAUUGAUGUACCUGAUAUUCCUGACAGGCCAUUGUAUGGUAGUGCAAUUAGAACAUAGUUUUGAUGUGUGUAUAUUGUAUAGCAUCCUUUCACAUAUAUGAUUAUAAAGUAUAAUGAGUGUGACUAAA